AUGGGUAGCUGUGUUAGCAAAGGAAGUAAUGAUGGCGACAGGAGUGUAAUAAACAGCAACAAUAGGAGUACCAAAUCAACAACGCAUAAUUCCUCUCGUCCUCCUACACAAACAUUUAGCGAACAAUCCUCACCUAAUGCCACAUCGAGGACCAAUAUCGCACGAACGACUUCACGCAGCACAUUGCGUUCGAUUUUUCGUACUCAGAACGGUUCGUCCAACCGUCUCCGGCCUCCGUCUUCUUCCAGGUUAUCAAAUCCUUUGCCCGCACCGCCACAAUUGAAUCGUAGGAGUUUUACUGGUUUUAUAACUCGAUAUAGCAGGCGAUGGCAUAACGUGGCCAAUAGUAAAUAUUUAUUGCCUAAUGACGAUGAGGAAAUGGAUAGGCUCUUGACACAGCAUUAUAUGUUGAGAUACGUGUGGGGUAAUAACUAUUCUGCUCCCGUCAUAGGCAUGUUGACUGGUGGUGGAGGUAGAAUUCUUGAAAUUGGUUGUGGACCAGCAUUCUGGACAUUGGAAAUGGCAACAUCGUAUCCACACUCUUUCUUCACAGGUAUCGAUAUGGUCGCUGUAUAUCCGUCAUCGAUAAAGCCUCAAAAUGUAACCUUCACCCAGUCAAAUAUACUCGACGGUCUCCCAUACGAUAACGAUAAAUUCGAUUAUGUAUAUCAACGAUUUCUUGUAUGUGCAUAUACAACAUCACAAUGGGAAAACGAGGUUAUCAAUGAAAUCGUGCGGGUUUUGAAGAAAGGUGGAUGGAUUGAAGUUGCAGAAUGUGAUGGGCAAUAUGAAAGUAUGGGACCGGUGGCCAAACAGUUGAGUGAUGCUGUUGCUACUCUACUCCGUUCUUAUGAAAUGGAUCCGUAUAUAAGUGAAUCUCUUCGGAAUCUUCUCGCCAAAGAUUCUCACUUGACUGACGUAAAUACACAAGAAAUGUCAAUACCUGUCGGAAGCUGGGGCGGCAACCCUGGGAAACUGGCGCAAGACAAUUUAAUUGCUUUUUAUAAAGCAUUGAAAACACCAUUAUCUGAUAUGUUGAGAAUACCGCUCGAUAGCUUUGAUGAAUUGAUGCAGAGUUUCAGUAGAGAAGUUGACCUGUACAGAACGAGAUGGAUAUCGAGAAGAGUAUACGCAAGAAAAAUAUGA